AUGGAGAUCGGGUUGCUGGCACCGGGUGAGAGGCCGCACGCCGUGAUGAUCCCCUACCCGGCGCAGGGCCACGUCACGCCGAUGCUGAAGCUGGGCAAGCUGCUCCACGCCAGGGGCUUCCACGUCACCUUCGUCAACAACGAGUUCAACCACCGCCGCCUGCUGCGCUCCCAGUCCGCCGACAUGCUACGUGGCCUGCCCGCGUUCCGGUUCGCCGCUAUCGCCGAUGGCCUUCCGCAGUCCGACCGCGAGGCCACGCAGGACAUCCCUGCGCUGUGCUACUCUACCAUGACCACCUGCCUCCCCAGGUUCAAGGAGCUCAUCGUCAAGCUCAACGAGGAGGCCGGGGCCUCCGGUGGCGCGCUGCCGCCUGUAACCUGCGUGGUGGCGGAUAGCGUCAUGAGUUUUGGCCUUCGAGCGGCGCGGGAGCUCGGCCUCCGCUGCGCCACGCUCUGGACCGCCAGCGCGUGUGGUUUCAUGGGCUACAACCACUACAAGGAUCUACUCGACCGUGGGCUCUUCCCUCUCAAAGAAGAGGCGCAGUUGAGCAAUGGAUACUUGGACACGACCAUCGACUGGAUACCGGCGAUGCCCAAGGACAUGCGGCUACGUGACCUCCCGACCUUCUUGCGUGCCACGGACCCCGAUGAUAUCAUGUUCAACUUCUUCGUCCAUGAGACGGCGGCCAUGUCACAGGCCUCGGCGGUGGUCAUCAACACAUGGGACGAGCUCGACUCACCCCUUCUCGACGCCAUGUCCAAACUCCUGCCGCCUAUCUACACAGUGGGGCCGCUCCAUCUCACGGUCCGCAACAACGUACCGGAGGAGAGCCCCCUCGCCGGCAUUGGGUCCAACCUGUGGAAGGAGCAGGACGCGCCCCUUCGGUGGCUCGACGGCCGGCCGCCGUGCUCCGUGGUCUACGUCAAUUUCGGAAGCAUCACGGUGAUGUCCAAGGAGCAUUUGUUGGAGUUCGCGUGGGGGCUGGCCAACACAGGCUACACCUUCCUGUGGAACGUGCGGCCUGACCUCGUCAAGGGUGACGACGAGGCCGCACUUCCGCCGGAGUUCUCUGCGGCGAUCGAGGGGCGGAGCAUGCUCUCGACGUGGUGCCCACAGGAGAAGGGCAUCUGCGGCGGCGUUCCGAUGUUGUGCUGGCCCUUCUUCGCGGAGCAGCAGACCAACUGUCGCUAUAAGUGCACGGAGUGGGGCAUCGGGAUGGAGAUUGGGGAUGAUGUGAGAAGGACCGAGGUGGAAGCCAUGAUACGGGAGGUCAUGGAGGGGGAGAAGGGCCGAGAGAUGCGACAACGCGUGAUUGAGCUCCAGAAGAGUGCAGUGGCCUCCGCACGGCCUGGCAGAAGGUCCAUGCGCAAUGUUGAUAGGCUCAUCCACGAGGGAAAUGGUGAAGAAUGCCUCCGCAUGUCUGUUGACCACUAUGUGAUUCACCAAUCCACCAAGGUCGUCGGCGGCGCGCACCUUAGAAAAAUCCAAUGUGGAUCAAUGACAAAGAGAAAUCAAAUCAUGGUCCCCUUUUCUCUCUUAUUGAGUUAA